AUGUCGACGAGAAGUCGUGAAAGCAGUGAUUCUACUCGGAUAGAACAGAGUCAAGAGUAUCAGUCGCAGUGGGAAAGAGUAAGACAAUGGAGUGAAUUGCAAGUUGGAAGAGGGAGAAGUAGGCUGGUCUGGGAGGGAAAAGGAGGAUGGAUGGAUGGAGAAGAAAGGUCAACCGAGACCGAAUGUGAGACUUGA